CGCUGCCCGGAUGCCGCUCCCGCCCCUUCUGGGCCACCAGGGGGCACCAGCCGCAAGCCAGGUCGAGGCGCCAGUCCUCGCAUGCGCAGUAGCGAUCUGUGGACCUUCGAGGGUCGCUGAACGUGGGCAGUAUGGGCAGUAGCAAGGUGUCUGCGCGCUUUCGAUCCCAGUUCGCGACGUUCGAUCUGUGGGUCCCCCGGGGAGUUGGCUUCGCCUGUGUCUCACUUUCCCCAUCUGUCGAGCGGGCAAAAUCUUAUAUCCCACUUCAUAGGGCUAUUGAAUUAAUAGAUCCAAAGCACUUAGAACAAUAAACCAAAAAAAAAAAAAAAAAAAAAAAACCCGUUGCCGUCUAGUCGACUCCGACUCAUAGCAACCCUAUAGGACAGAGUAGAACUGCCCCAUAGAUUUUCCAAGGAGCUUCUGGUGGAUUCCAACCGCUGACCUUUUGGUUAGCAGUCCUAGCACUUAACCACUACGCCAUCAGGGUUUCCCUUAGAACAAGCCUGCAUAUAAAAAAAUCCCUUGCCAUCAAGUUGAUUCCGAUUCAUAGCGAUCCUAUAGGACAGAGUAGAACUGCCUCAUAGGGUUUCCAAGGAGAGGCUACUGAAUUUGAACUGCUCACCUUUUGGUCAGCAGCCAAGCUUAACCCCUGGGCCACCAGGCACUAAUUAUUAGCUCAUUUAAUGUAUCUUAGGGUCUUCAACAUAUUAUACACCAUCAACUUGUCCUUAGCAUUAGCCUCCCCCACUCAAAAAAACAAAAAACAAACCAGUUGCCAUCCACUGGAUUCCGACUCAGGGUGAGGCCAUGUGAGUCAAAUUAGAACUGUGCUCCACAGGGUUUUCAAUGGCUGAUCUUUUGGAAGUAGAUUGCCAGGUCUUUCUUCCAAGGUGCCUCUGGGUGGAUUCAAAUCACCAACUUUUUUGUUAGUAGCUAAGGACUUAACCCUUUGUACCACCAAAGAACUCCAGUAUCUUAGCCCAGUGGCUCUUAAACGGGUGAUCUACCCCUAUUCAGAGGACAUUAGGCAAUGUCUGGAGACAUUUGUUUGUCACAACUUGAGGAGUACUACUUUCAUCUAGUGGGUAGAGGCUAGGGAUGCACUAGAGUCCUAUGAAAAGCCCCACAACAGAGAAUUAGCCAGCCCUGGAUGUCAACAGUGCUGAGGUUGAGAAACCCUGCCUUAGCCUCACAGCAGUAGGGCGGCUUCAAAUCCUGCUCUGCCACUAGCAAGCAGUGUGACACUGGGAAAGUGAUUCUGCACUUCUGUGCCUCUGUUUCCCAAUCCAUAAAGUGUGUAUAAUAUCAUCCGCCUCUUAGGGUGUUACCAGGCUUGAGUUGAUACAUGUGUAGCACUUGGAAUAUGGCCUGACAUAAGGGCUAUUGUCAUACUAGGGUAUUGCAGCCAUACCCUCAGCGUGUGGUGAGUGUAUGGAAGGCCACAGUCAUCCAAGUGUCACCAUCACCAGCUUGACAUGUGUGGCACAGUACAGGUGUGUUAUCCACUCCAGUGGUUCAGGGAGAGCUGCUUACAGGUGCCCCUUCCAGGUUGGCCUGGCAGUGACAGGGACUUAGGGGGGUGUUCCUGGCCUGGUACCCACUGGCACAGUCACGCUGUGGUGCAGGCAACCCAUGGGUAGGGGCCUGGAUCUCUGCUCUCCCAAGAGCUUAUGAGAAUAUGGAGGGGGCAAAACUGGGGUGCCAGGUCCUCAGCAGAGACAAUGUUAUUGCCUGAGCUCAGGCCCUCUGGCGCUGGGGACACAGAAGGAGUAUUUCUUUUGGUCAACACAGCCCCGCUAUGGGGCAAGUACUAUCAUUAGCCCACUUGACAGCUGUGGAAACAGAGGUCUGGAGAGGGGAAGGACUUGCCUAAAGUUAUAGACUGUUAGUGCCUAGAGUUAAACUCAGGGUGAUGCUCACUAAACUACCACAGGCGACAGUCCUGCCUCAAGGGGGAGAGAGUUAGCCCAGAGAGAUGAAGAAAAAUGACCUCAGAUCACAGAGAGAUGGCUUCAGAGACAGAGACAAAGAGACAGAGAGACCCAGUCAGGGGCCCAGUGGACAGUGUGGGGGAGGCACACUGGAGCACUGGAGGUCUCUGUCUGGCCAAGCCCCCGCAAGAAAACCCAAGCUGCCCCCCUAGGUGGAAACAAUGACACAAUCAGCUUCCAAUACCAAGGCCCUGACAUCACAAGGGGGGUGGCUGAGGUGGGGGGUGCCCCGCCCCUUGGCAGGCCCCUGUGGCCAAUGGGACAGUUUUGGAAGCGCCCGGCCGCCUCCAGAGCUUCAAAAACGUGUGAGGAGGGAAGAGUGUGCAGACAGACGGAGCUUCAGCUGCUGCAGCGGUCCUUGCCAUCAGUGCCCCCUCUGCCCGUCAGAGCCCACCGGCCAGCAUGUCCUCUGCUCACUUCAACCGAGGCCCUGCCUACGGGCUGUCGGCUGAGGUCAAGAACAAGCUGGCCCAGAAGUACGACCACCAGCGGGAGCAGGAGCUGCGCGAGUGGAUCGAGGGGGUGACAGGACGUCGCAUCGGCAACAACUUCAUGGAUGGCCUCAAAGAUGGCAUCAUUCUUUGCGAGUUCAUCAAUAAGCUCCAGCCAGGCUCUGUGAAGAAGGUAAACGAGUCAACCCAAAAUUGGCACCAGCUGGAGAACAUCGGCAACUUCAUCAAGGCCAUCACCAAGUAUGGCGUGAAGCCCCAUGACAUCUUUGAGGCAAACGACCUGUUUGAGAACACCAACCAUACCCAAGUACAGUCCACCCUCCUGGCCCUGGCUAGCAUGGCCAAGACAAAAGGAAACAAAGUGGAUGUGGGGGUGAAGUAUGCAGAGAAGCAGGAGCGGAAAUUUGAGCCGGAGAAGCUAAGAGAAGGGCGGAACAUCAUUGGGCUGCAGAUGGGCACCAACAAGUUCGCCAGCCAGCAGGGCAUGACAGCCUACGGCACUCGGCGCCACCUCUAUGACCCCAAGCUGGGCACGGACCAACCCCUGGACCAGGCCACUAUCAGUCUGCAGAUGGGCACCAACAAGGGAGCCAGCCAGGCUGGCAUGACUGCGCCUGGGACCAAGCGGCAGAUCUUUGAGCCAGGGCUGGGCAUGGAGCACUGUGACACGCUCAACGUCAGCCUGCAGAUGGGCAGCAACAAGGGAGCCUCGCAGAGGGGCAUGACAGUGUAUGGGCUGCCACGCCAGGUCUACGACCCCAAGUACUGCCUGACGUCCGAAUACCCGGAGUUGAGCGAGCCUGCCCACAACCACCACCAGCACAACUAUUAUAACUCAGCCUAGGGGCUGGCGGCUGCCUGCUGCUCUCGGCCGGACCCAGCCAGGCCCAGCCGACCCUCGCCCCCUGCAUGGCGUCCUCCAGCCCCCUGGCACCUGCCUACAGGGUUAGAGUUUGGGGAGAGCAGACUGGGGGUCUGUGGGAAGAAAGGGGGCCCUCCUUCCUGCAGCACUGCAGGGUCCAACAUAGAGCCAGGGUGUUCCCAACAGCAUCCCAAAGGAUGCACCGAGCAAGGCUAUUCCAGCUGUCCCCCGACUCCCUCAUAGGUGGGUGCCCCAGGACAAGAAGCCCCCAAGCAAUGCCCCCAGAGCCCAGGCUUGGCCUGUCCCCACCCCAUUCCCACAGGGGAGCAAACUGCAUGCCCAGAGACCCAGCGGACACACGCGGUUUGGUUUGCAGCGACUGGCGUACAUGAACGUGACAGCGGCGUUUGUAAUGUGAGCACUUUUUCUAUUUCACUGGAGCACAAUAAAUGGCUGUAAAAUCA